CGAUGAUAAGAGGGAGUAUUUUGAUCUGAUUUCUAUCAGAAUGUUAAUAAAUUCGACAGCACAUUGUUUUAUCGGCCAAACUGUAUUUGUAUUAGUGAAGGUAAACAUUGUGACCAGAACAGGUAUUGAAAGCUAUCAAUCUCCAAAGGGCCAUCAUCGUUCACGUCUGUAGAUAAAUCGAUCGAGAACGUGGAAAGGAAUCUGCGAUAACCGAAAAAUUCCCUCUGAUAUAAAAAUGACUUUCGACGACGAUAAAAUCCGUGGUGAUGACGGUUGUUCUCAACCACGAGCUUUCCCAGUUACGCACGUUUUGUUUGAUUUGGAUGGGGUUAUAAUUGAAUCAGAAUCAAUAUACGAAAAGAUCUCUGCAGACAUUUGUCGGGAAUACGGCAAAACAUACACAAAAGAUCUGAAAUCAAAAGUUAUGGGCACCCCUGAAUUUGAAACCUGUCGAAUAAUAGUAAGAGAGCUAAAUUUGCCACUCACUCCGGAAGAAUUUCUAAAGAAAUAUGAAGAUAAAGUAUGGAUAGAAUUACAGAGGCCUGCGCUAUUGCCUGGUGUUAAAGAUGUUGUGAAACUUUUACACAAACAUGAUGUUCCUAUUGCUAUUGCUACAUCUUCCAGGGAGCCAAUAAUGAAAAUGAAGACAAAACCUCACAGGGAUUUAAUCAAUCUGUUUCGUCACGUCGUUUGUGGCAGUUCAGACCCAGAAGUUAAAAACAACAAGCCUGCUCCAGAUAUAUUCUUAGUGUGUGCAUCACGAUUUCCAGAUAAACCACAUCCCUCACAGUGUCUCGUUUUCGAAGAUUCCCCCAACGGAGUACAAGCUGCUCUGAACGCAGGUAUGCAAGUUGUUAUGGUACCAAAUCCAGAUCUACAUCCAGACCAUCCUAUUAGAAGCAAAGCUACGCAAGUUCUAGAAUCAUUUGAACAUUUUACACCAGAGAUAUUCGGAUUACCAUCAAGAUUUUAAGAGGUUCUUAUUUAAAAAAAUAUAUUUUCUAUUAUUAUAUAGAUAAAUGUUAUAAUACUAUUAUAUAGUAAAAAAGUGCCAUUAGCUGUGAUGUCCCUAAGUGUUCGACUGAAUUAGUAUGUAAGAUUAUAUUUUAUGCAAAAAUGUUUUAUUAUAAAUAAAAAAAUAUUAUGA